GUCUCCAUAACACGCAGAACUGAGAAGUGUGACUUGCAUACUUUCUAUCUCGUAACAGGACAUGGCGAAAGAGUGUACGACACAUAUUUAAUUGUCUCUUCAGCCUUUACCAUGAAUACGAACAACAGUACUUCAAAGCCAACACGCUACAAGCUUUGGGCAUUUGGCUCCAACGGAUCAGGCCAACUAGGAAUAGGCCACGGAGAGGACGUAUCCUCACCACAAGAAUGCAAGGGCGAAAUCCCAUUACCGUCGUCCGGCAUACGACAACUCGCAGCCGGAGGGAAUCAUACAGUAGCAAUCUUCAACGAUGGCACUUUCGCGAGUACAGGGGACAAUGCAGACGGGAGAGGCAUUGUGCCGAACACAAAGCACAUUCAUACUACCUGGCAACAACAACAACAAGAGGGACUAGCGGGAGAGCAGCAAGAAGACUUCGUUCGUCAUGUGGCUGCCACAUGGUCUGCUACUACUGUUUGUGAUGCAGAGGCAAAUCUCCGCGUCGCUGGUACGGGCAGUUCUGGUGAACUUGGAAAGGGUUCUGAUAUCUCUGUGGCAGAGGUAGCCACUCCGAUGGAUAAUUUUUUGCCUCCGGGUGACUCGAUCGUCAAGAUUGCCUCGGGCAUGAGCCAUGUCGUGGUAGUGUCCGAGAGUGGUGAGGCAUGGGGAUGGGGCAAAGGACGUAAAGGCCAGUUAGGAGGACCAGCAGAGAAUGUGCAGAGGCCUCGAAAGAUUGAGGAUGUCCCUUUCAAGGUGGUCAAUGCUGUAUGUGGCAAGGACUUCACAUGUCUAUUUGGUGAUGCUUCGUCAGGAGAAUUCUUGAUAUUGGGUCUGGCUGGUAGUGAUCGUUUCGGAGUGAAGAAGAACGCUCCUGACAGUGUGCGUGGGUGGAAACAAGUUGCCGCCUCUUGGGGCUCCAUCUACGUGCUCAUGGAGUCUGGUGAGCUCAGAUCAUGGGGGAGAAACGAUCAUGGCCAGCUGUCGCCACCUGGCCUGCCACUCCUCAGUGCUGUAGCUGCUGGUAGCGAACAUUGCCUUGGACUGACACAGGAUGGAAGAGUCUUGGCUUGGGGCUGGGGCGAACAUGGCAAUUGCGGU